GCAAGACUUCCGCUUAGAAUUUUGCUUGUGAUCCAAGCAGACCCAUUGGCUGACACCACGCCAUGUCAAACGGCUUGGCGGUGAAAGGUCGAAGCGCCGAGCAUCCGGUCGCAGCUGAUUGGAAGCCGGAUUUGAGGGGCAACCUCUAUGAGAUCAAUGAAUACCUUGAAGAGCAAGGUGUUUAUGACAUCUUCGACUAUUUGCUGAAGGACCUCAUGGUCAAGCAGCCCGAAAAUCCUCUGAAACAUAUGCUCGCUUGCCUGGAGAAGGGCUAUCCGACCGGGCCCCUCAAGGUCAUAGUGUCUUCACCACCGGGAUUAGGUCGAGGCGAGUUCGCCAGGAGCUUGGCAGAGCGCUUCGGACUGAUCUACGUUGGGGCUGGGGAGCUGCUCCGGGAAGCCAGCGUUGACACGAAGAAUCUCAGCUCCGCUGCGGACGACGAGGUGGCCAAGCUGGUCUUGGAGUUGAUCAAGCAGGCUGAGCACAAGAUGCAAGGCUUUGUAUUGGAUGGUUUCCCAAGGAAUCCAUGCCAGACGACUUACCUCAAGGAGAAAUCCAUCGUGCCCACGCACGUGCUUCAACUCCAGGCCUCGGAAAAAUACAUCCAACGGCGUCAAGAAAGUCUCCUCAAGGGCGACGUCAAGGGUGAAGCAGCAGCGACACCAGAGGUUUUAGACGCCCGCUUGAAGCUCUUCAUUGCGCACAACGCCUUAGCGUUGGAGGACUAUGCGGAUCGCACCUUUGUGGUGAAUGCUGAGGCCAAUGCUGCAGAGGUCCUGGCCCAAAUGGAGAAAGCUGUUUGCCUUCGACCCCGUUCAAAAGCACCCUCGCCUCCUCCAAGGGUGGCCAUUUUCGGAGCCGAAGGCGCUGGAGCUGCCGACUGUGCUCGGAAGCUGGCCAUGCGAAUUGGGGCCGUCUUUGUGAGUAGCCAGAAGCUGUUGAAGGAUUUGGCCACGCCUGGAGCAGAAGACUCCACGGUGUCCUUGGCCUUGGCGUGUGCCGCUGAGAAGGAUCCGCUGGGCAUUGUAGGUGCCCGAUUGCGGCAGGUGGACUGUCAGAGGCAGGGCUGGGUUGCCGACUUGUCGAAGGAUGCAGAGUGCCUGAGCCAGGAUGAGAUGCUCAUGCCGCGGCGAGUUGUAACAUUCGGAGCAGCUGGAGCCUCAGGACAGAUGGUCUUGCAUGGUCCCGGCGCCGUGAGCAGGUGCUUGGAGGUUUCUGUGGAUGCCACAGCAGAGGAGGCCUUCAAAGCCAUCGUGGAGUUCGUCGAAAGGCCCUUACCAAGACCACAUUGAGGCGCCGGCUUCUUCCAUGCGAACAAUGAUCUGCAGGCUGUGUGUGUGUGCCACCCCCUGUACCAAAGGGUUCAAUGCCACUGUUUUUCAGUACAACCACUCAACGAGGCUGAAAACAAAAGGCUCCAGGCCACGGGAGACAACAAGGCAUCUGUUUCUUGAGCCAAAAUUGCUGACUUUUCUGUGGGAAAAGGUGAGUGUUUGACAGGUUGUAGGGGAGUUCGGAUGCGAUUGCUGUUGUUUCUUCCAUUUUCCUCCUUUGUUGUCGUGAAAGAGUUGAGAAUCAUGUACUUUUUCAGCCCAGACCUUUGACCAUGGACAAAGGAUAUGAAAGCACAGCCUGCAAACUGGGAAACUAAGAUGACCCUGACUGUUCUGAGCGUGGAAAAGAUCAUCCAUUUUGAUGAUAUUUUUUCAAUGCUCACGUGUCACCCGUGGAAAACAAUUCCGCGAUAUUAAUGAACAAACAAUCAAAUUCAA